CCCAGAGAUGGGGGGCACCAAGAGGCUCCUCCUUUUUCCUCCUCGACAAUGGGGCAGUGGCGACGACUUGGUCCUCUUCUCCCAGGAACCUCUUCGCAGGGCCGGGCCUGGACCUCGCGUCCGGUCCGGGUAAUCGGGGGCUGUCAGGAGCUGAGAUUCCAGUCCACGCCUAGAUUCCCUUCAUGAAGUUAGAAUAGUCCCCUGGGAGCAGUGUAGUGCAGUAAACAGCAGAUGUUCACACCAGUAUUUGAAAGUUCCUACUGCCCGAGGUUCACUAGCUGGCCGGCUCUGUUCAGCGUGUUCGUAGGAGUGCCGGUGCAAUGAGACUGACCUGGCUGCAGGUAAACCAGUGAACGUAUCUGGAAGACAGAAUGUCUCCUGGUUCAUCUCUCCACUUAAGCUUUCCUUGCUUCCUUGGGAGAGGACUCGGGAUUCCCUUGCCCGCCCUGGGCUUCUUGGAAUCAGGCUUCUUUUUUGUUCAGGAGUCGGACAGCUGAGGCUCGCCAUUCCUGAGUGCAUUUGACACUGCCCCGUCCACCUCUCUGGAAAAUACUGACUUUUUGCAGAUCUGCAGAGGCGGUGGCGAUGCUGUCGGGCACCCAGGCAGCGCCCGCGGGAUUCGAGGACGCGGAGUUGCGGUGCCGCGUGGCUCUGGAGGAGCUGAGCCCGGGCGGGCAGCCGCGAAAGCGCCAGGCCUUACGCUUGGCGGAGCUGAGCCUGGGGCGGAAUGAGCGCCGCGAGUUGCUGCUGCGCCUGCAGGCGCCUGGGCGGGAGGGGCGGCCGCGCUGCUUCCCUCUGCGGGCCGCGCGUCUCUUCACGCGCUUCGCCGCGGCCGGACGCAGCACGCUGCGGCUCCCCACCGACGGCAUCCCCGGGGCAGGCGCUGUGCAGCUGCUGCUCUCCGACUGCCCCCCCGACCGCCUGCGACGCUUCCUGCGCACGCUGCGCCUCAAGCUGGCCGCGGCCCCCGGGCCCGGGCCGGCUUCCGCCCGGGCGCAGCUGCUGGGACCGCGGCCCCGCGACUUCGUCACCAUCAGCCCCGUGCAGCCCGAGGAGAUGCAGCGCGCGGUGGCCACCCGGGUUCCGCACGCCACGCCCGUGAAGCGGCCCGUGGAACCCCAGGCGGGAGCCGAGCCUGGCACUGAAGCCCCAAGAUGGCCCUUGCCUGUGAAGAGGCUGAGCUUGCCCCCAACAAAACCACAGCUUUCUAAGGAUCAGGCUGCUGUGCUAAGGGUUGUCCUGAAAGGCCAGAGCAUCUUCUUCACUGGGAGUGCAGGGACAGGGAAGUCUUAUCUGCUGAAGCGUAUCCUGGGCUUACUGCCUCCCACAGGUACUGUGGCUACUGCCAGCACUGGGGCGGCAGCCUGCCACAUCGGGGGUACCACGCUCCAUGCCUUUGCAGGCAUUGGCUCAGGCCAGGCUCCCCUAGCCCAGUGUGUGGCCCUGGCCCAGCGGCCAGCUGUGCGGCAAGGCUGGCUGAACUGCCAGCGGCUAGUCAUCGAUGAGAUCUCCAUGGUGGAGGCUGACCUGUUUGACAAGCUGGAAGCGGUGGCCAGAGCUAUCCGGCAACAGGACAAGCCUUUUGGAGGGAUCCAGCUCAUCAUCUGUGGGGACUUCCUACAACUGCCACCUGUAACCAAGGGCUCCCAGCCCCCGAAAUUCUGCUUUCAGGCCAAGAGCUGGAGAAGGUGUGUCCCAGUGACUCUGGAGCUGACCGAAGUGUGGAGGCAGGCAGACCAGAACUUCAUCUCUCUGCUGCAAGCUGUCAGGCUGGGAAGGUGCUCAGACGAAGUGACCCGCCAGCUCCAGGCCACAGCCUCCCACAAGGUGGGGCGAGAUGGGAUUGUGGCCACAAGGCUCUGCACUCACCAGGAUGACGUGGCCCUCACCAAUGAGAGGCGACUACAGGAACUACCAGGUGAGGUACACAGCUUUAAGGCCAUGGACAGCGACCCUGAGCAAGCUCGAACCCUGGAUGCCCAGUGUCCUGUUAGCCAGAUUCUUCAACUAAAGCUGGGUGCCCAGGUGAUGUUGGUAAAGAACUUAGCAGUGUCCCGGGGCCUGGUGAAUGGCGCCCGGGGCGUGGUCAUUGGGUUUGAGACUGAGGGGAGAGGGCUGCCCCGGGUGCGGUUCCUGUGCGGAGUCACUGAGGUCAUCCGCGCUGACCGCUGGACAGUGCAGGCCACUGGGGGCCAGCUCCUCAGCCGGCAGCAGCUGCCCCUCCAGCUGGCCUGGGCAAUAUCCAUCCAUAAGAGCCAGGGCAUGUCCCUGGACUGCGUGGAGAUCUCUUUGGGCCGUGUGUUUGCCAGUGGCCAGGCCUACGUGGCUCUUUCCCGGGCCCGAAGCCUGCAGGGCCUGCGCGUGCUGGACUUUGAUCCCAUGGUGGUUCGUUGUGAUCCCCGUGUGCUGAGCUUCUAUGCCGCCCUGCGGAAGGGUGGGGGCCUUGGCCUGAAGUCUCCAAAUGAUGAUGAGGCAGCCUCAGACCAGGAGAAUGAGGACCCAAACCUUUGAGCCUUAAAGAGAAGACAAAUGGUGGUCUCCCCUUCUACCUCCUCCCUAGUGGGCCAGGGCCCCUGGAGAUAACUGGGGGAGGAUAGCCAGUGUCUCUUUCUGCCUUCUGCAGGGCUCUCAACCUCCUGGCAGGGCACAAGGGAGAGCACUUUCCACCCAUUUGCCAGCUGUGCCUCAGUUUCUCUCCUUGUCCUGGGUGAGCUACUUCCAGGAAUAGGAGAAACCCUUUCUGAGCCAGUUGGGAAUGGGCCUAUGGUAGCACCUGGUGUUCUAGAACAAAGCUGUCUGUGAGGGCUGGCCCGGGGCCACGCGGUUGUGAAUGGUGCUUUCUUGGAGCUGCAGAGGGGAGAGGCAGUGAAGACAGGUACUCCAGGAGCAGAAAUAGGCUAUAGGAGCCCUGGACUGGGAGACUCUGGGCAAGUACAGGCCCCAAACAGAGAAGGGAACUGGGGUUAGUGUCCUAGGUAGGCCCAGGCUAGCACAGGCCAGGACAAACCCUUUCCUGAGCCUAACCUGAGAACACUCAAUGCAAACCAUGUGCCUGUAUCUUAAGCUCCUUUUUUGGAGAAGAAAUAGUAUUUAGGGGUAUUGAGAUGGAUAUUCUCAGAUUACAUUUAUUUAGGCCUAAUAAACUUGUGAGUUGUAUAAGGACUGUGAGUUGAGUCAUCUGCUCUCUUUAAGAAGGCAUCCCUGCCUGGGAGACGGGCUACACCUGUAGCCAGGGCCCUAUCCCCAUGGGUGCACACAAGGUGUUUGCUACAUCAUGACACCCUUAUGUGAGUUUUUGUUAGGAUCACUGGUUAUUUGGAAAGCUGAGUUACCCGAGAUUGGUGACUCACAAUGAAAUGACAAGGUGAAUCACUGUUGCCCAGGGGUCAGACAAGGAUACAGAAGAGAAUUCACAUGGCAGGAUAUGGACCUGUCACGACAUCUGAAUGCUGGGGUCUCGGUUGCAGCUUUUUCACUUUGUGCCUUGCUUGGGUGGGGCUCCAGCUUGAAUGUUGUGAUGGAGAAGGGAUCAUCAACAAACUAGCUUCAGAUGGGGCGCCUGGGUGGCUCAUUUGGUUAAGUGGCUGCCUUUGGCUCAGGUCAUGAUCCUAGGUUCCUGGAACUGAGCCCUGCAUUGGGCUCUCUGCUCAGUGGUAGUCUGCUU